GUGCAGAUAUCUCUCUCCCUCGACAACCCACCGUUCCGACAACCCAUUUUCCAUCACAACCCAACCGUCAUAAUCCAUCAUGGGUAAGGUUCACGGCUCUCUCGCCCGUGCGGGCAAGGUCAAGUCUGCUACUCCUAAGGUCGAGAAGCAGGAGAAGAAGAAGGUCCCCAAGGGCCGCGCCAAGAAGCGUCUCUUGUACACUCGCCGCUUCGUCAACGUUACUCUGACUGGUGGAAAGAGAAAGAUGAACCCCAACCCUACCUCGUAAACGACUCCAUCCUCAGGGUUUCGAGAGAGGAUGACACAUCAAUGACGGUCACGAUGAUGGGUUAAAUGGGCAAAUCUCUUUUUUCUCUACUGGCGGGACCGUGAAACACACGAACAACCGAGCGUGGUGAGGAAUGGUACCGUCAGGGAAAGGGGAAAAGCAAGGCAAAUCAUCAGCGUCUAGGAAUGGGCGGUUCGGAAAACAGGAGAUGAUGGGGGGCGUUUUUUCUUGAUGGAAACAAAUCAAAGGCAUUUUAUGUCACUAUUCUCCUUGUCUUUUCUCUGGAUCAGUGUUUUUCCUUCCUAGCCAGUCCCGGAGUCCCUUUGAGAGAGAAAUCUAGAAAGAGAUUCCAAGAGCUAUUGGUCGACCUCUGUAUGAUGGUCCUUUCCCUCCAUAUUCUUCGACGUAGGCUUAGGUGCGCUCUGCAUUGCAUGCCAAAUCAAGCUCAUAGCAACUUGCGUGCUGACAUCUACGUAAAUC